CGGCGACUCCCGGCGUGGCUCAUCAUGUCUCUGAGAAGCAGCCUCUCGCGUUUCCUCUCGACUCAAGUGCAUCUGGUCCGGAAGAAGUCAGUCCACUCCGUGGCUGUAAUAGGAGCCCCGAUUGCACAGGGUCAGAAGAGAAAAGGAGUGGAGUAUGGUCCAGCUGCCGUCAGAGAAGCUGGCUUGAUGAAAAGACUUGCCAGUUUGGGCUGCCACCUAAAAGACUUUGGAGAUCUGAAUUUUACUCCAGUUCCCAAAGAUGAUCUCUACAACAACCUGGUAGUGAAUCCACGCUCAGUGGGCCUUGCCAACCAGGAGUUGGCUGAGGUGGUUAGUAGAGCUGUGUCAGAUGGCUACAGCUGCGUCACGGUCGGAGGAGAUCACAGCCUAGCAAUUGGAACCAUUAGCGGCCACACCCAGCACUGCCCAGACCUUUGUGUCAUCUGGGUUGAUGCCCAUGCUGACAUCAAUACACCCCUAACUACUUUAUCUGGAAAUCUCCAUGGACAGCCAGUUUCGUUACUACUCAGAGAACUACAGGACAAGGUACCACAACUCCCAGGAUUUUCCUGGCUCAAGCCAUGUAUCUCUUCCCUAGAUAUUGUAUAUAUUGGUCUAAGAGAUGUGGACCCUCCUGAACAUUUUAUUUUAAAGAAGUAUGAUAUCCAGUAUUUUUCCAUGAGGGACAUUGAUCGACUUGGUAUCCAGAAGGUCAUGGAACAGACCUUCGAUCUACUGAUUGGCAAGAGACAGAGGCCAAUUCAUCUCAGUUUUGAUAUUGAUGCAUUUGACCCUACACUGGCUCCAGCCACAGGAACCCCGGUUGCAGGGGGACUGACUUAUCGUGAAGGCAUGUACAUUACUGAGGAAAUACACAAUACAGGAUUGCUGUCAGCACUGGAUCUCGUUGAAGUCAAUCCUCAGCUGGCCACUUCAGAGGAAGAGGUGAAGGCCACAGCUGGCUUGGCAGUGGACGUGAUUGCUUCAAGUUUUGGUCAGACGAGGGAAGGAGGACACAUUGUCUAUGACCAGCUUCCUACUCCCAGUUCACCAGAUGAAUCAGAAAGUGAAGAACGUGUGAGAAUUUAGGAAAUACUAUGUGCUGAGAGGUGUUUCACAUGGGCAUUCCAAAGGCAUUUGAGGGGAGAGAUACUAACUGGUGGGCCAGGACAAUAUUGCCUUAAUGAGAACAUUGUAAAGUUUCUCCUCUCCAUUCUAGUGACCAAUACUACUUACUGUAAAUGUUUGUUUUUUGAAGUUCACAGAAUGUUAAUAUAUUGGAGUACUAUGUAAAUUUAAACACACCAUAAACAGCAUUUAUUACCUUGGUAUA